CGGCCCCAGCGUCCAAGUCAGUCUCCCAGGAAGGAGCAACAGACACUAAAGCGCCCUACCUCCUUCUUCGCCCCUUGCUGUCCCUGGUCUUCCGAAAGCCCACGAGGUCGAGGGCAGACAACUUUCCCUGGACCCCAGCCCCGGAACACACCACAUCCUUCCUCCUUCUACUCCCCACUCCAUCCCCAGUCCAGCGCAACCUAGCGCAUCCCCUAGCCUCCCGGUCUGCAGCAUCCCCUGGGUGCCCCCCGCCCGAGGAGUCUCCGAGCGCCGCUCGCUCUGCAGGCCGCCGGGCAAGCCCAGGUUCAUCCCGUUCCGUUCAGUCGCAUCUACUCCCGUCUGGUCCUCCCGGCCGCCGCUCCCUGGCGCUAUGCCAUUCCUCGGGCAGGACUGGCGGUCCCCGGGACAGAACUGGGUGAAGACUGCGGAUGGCUGGAAGCGGUUCCUGGAUGAGAAAAGUAGUGGCUUCGUGAGUGACAUCAACAGUUACUGCCCCAAAGACGCGCACAACAAGGAGAAUCUUUUCAACAGUCUGAACUACGAUGUUGUGGCCAAGAAAAGAAAGAAGGACCUGAUGAACAGCAAAACCAAAAUUCAGUAUUUCCACCAGGAAAAAUGGAUCUACGUUCACAAAGGAAGCACUAAGGAACGCCAUGGAUACUGUACGUUGGGAGAAGCUUUCAACCGGCUUGACUUCUCAACUGCUAUCCUGGAUUCCAGACGGUUCAACUAUGUUGUGCGGCUGUUGGAACUGAUAGCAAAAUCACAGCUCACUUCCCUGAGUGGCAUCGCCCAAAAGAACUUCAUGAACAUUUUGGAAAAAGUUGUGCUGAAAGUCCUUGAAGACCAACAAAAUAUCAGAUUGAUAAGAGAAUUGCUGCAGACCCUCUACACAUCCUUGUGUACCCUGGUCCAAAGGGUAGGCAAGUCUGUUCUGGUCGGGAACAUUAACAUGUGGGUGUACCGAAUGGAGACCAUUCUACAUUGGCAGCAGCAGCUGAACAACAUCCAAAUCACCAGGCCUGCUUUCAAAGGCCUCACCUUCACAGACCUGCCUUUGUGUUUACAACUGAACAUCAUGCAGAGGCUAACAGAUGGAAGGGACCUUGUCAGCUUGGGCCAGGUAGCCCCAGACCUGCACCUGCUCAGUGAAGACCGGUUGCUAUGGAAGAAACUCUGCCAAUAUCAUUUCACAGAGCGACAGAUUCGAAAGCGAUUAAUUUUAUCUGAUAAAGGACAACUGGAUUGGAAGAAGAUGUAUUUUAAGCUUAUCCGAUGUUACCCACGGAAAGAACAAUAUGGAGACACCCUGCAGCUCUGCAAACAUUGCCACAUCCUUUCUUGGAAGGGAACUGAUCAUCCAUGUACAGCCAAUAAUCCAGAGAGUUGCUCUGUCUCUCUGUCACCCCAGGACUUUAUCAACUUGUUCAAGUUCUGAGCCCUCACGUGGGACAGCCCUUGAGAAUGUCCAGUUCUCAUGGCAUGCUUUGGAAUACCCAAUAUGGACACUUCCAUUGUAAAUAGUGUACACUUUUAUGUUGUUUUGAAAUUCCUAAGUUGAGUAAAUGACAGGACCCUGGAGGAGAAAGAUGAAAUUGCUGACUGGCUAUUUAGGAACAUGGACUUUCUUAAUAGAACUAGUGUGGAAAAACAGUCAGACUGUAAAUAAACUUUUUUUUAAAUGAUUAGCCAGCAAGACUAUAGCAGCAUUAAUGCUAUAUUUCAGAAGUCACAUUGAAUUUGCCUUACGUGCUCUGAAACCCCUAUAUGAUUUCCAAAAAUUGGGAAAGCAGCAAAGUUGAAUUGACAAUAGAACAACCUUGACCUGUUUACAAGAUGGAAAUUUGGGAAGAAACAGCAUAUCCAGAUGAAAAAGUCAAUGUUUUGGUUUUCUAGUUUGGUUUGUGGUUCUUUGUUGUUGUUGUUAUUAACUGUCAUUGUCUUAAAGCAAUGGAAAAACCCA